AGUUAUUGCUAGCAGGCUGUAGUGCCAGGCUGACUACUUGUAUGUGUCGGUGCAGUCGUAUGUUACUUUCUGGCCUGUUAACGGGAGCUCUGGUUGUCGUCGUUAGUGUGAUGGAAGUGGACAAGAUGGACGAGAACGAGUGGAGGUAUCACGGCGAGGGGAACAAGAGCCUGGUGGUCUCACACGUACAGCUUUCCAUAGUUCUCCGCCUGCUCAAAUAUCCAGCUGAGGACUCUGAAAACCCACCACAGACGGUGGAGCAGGCCUUCAGGCAGGUGCAGAACAUUGUUGACUUCAGCUCCAACGUGAUGAGCUGCCUGCUGGGGGAGAAGUUCGUCCACAGCGGGGAAGUGGUCAAACUGCCUUUAGAGUUUGUUCGACAGCUGUCAAUCAAAGUUCAACAUCAGAGACCAGCGUCGCGCCGUGAUAAGGUGAUGGACAUCUACAGCGGCUGUGCCCUCUGCCUGCCCAACCUGACGUCUCCAACCCUCCACCAGCCAACACACACUCCUACACUCUGCAUCGAGAUCAAGCCUAAAUGUGGCUUCCUGCCAUACUCCAAACAUGUCAGCCAAGAUAUCAAGACCAAAGUGUGCCGCUUCUGCAUGCACCAACACUACAAGGUGGCCAUGGGGAUGUGGAAGAGACGCAGCCGGUACUGUCCUAUAGAUCUGUUCUCGGGGAACAGACAGAGAAUGCACUUUGCCAUCAGACAGCUGAUAGAAGAACCUCAGAACAACCUGAAAAUCUUCAAGGGGGGUCAGUGUAUAUUCAGCAGUUUGGAGGGCAUUGACGACCUGAUGGACCUGAACUCCCUGCUGCAUCAUCUCAGACCGUACUUCCAGUAUGGAAACAACCGGAUCAACAGUCACAUGACCAGCAAAGCUCUCCUGAACGACUUCAUCCAGGUCCUGGUGAACGCCCUGCUGAGUGCUGGAUCAGGAGAUGGAGGCGUGGUGAUGGACAGACGAGGAGAAGGAUGGAGCUCCUGUGAAGCGAGUAUGUUCAACAAGGAGAGGACUCGCCACGGCUCUCAGGGUUCACCCAGCAACAGUGUUUUGUCCAGACUUCGUCAGACGCAGAUGUUAGACACUUUGGACAUCGAAGGUCUUUACCCUCUGUACCGCCGUGUGGAGCAGCACCUGCAGGACUUCCCCAAGGAGAGAACUCGUCUUCAGAUGGACGGGCCGUACAACGAGGCCUUCCUGGAAAAGCUGCAGAAAUGUCCCAGUGAUGAUGACGGCUCUCUGGAGUACGCGGUCUCUAAGGUCCAUCAGUACCGAGUUGCCAUGACAGCCAAGGACAGCCAAAUCAUGGUUGCCCUGGUGCCCAGCUGUGAGGAAGAAGAGGACGAUGAAGGGCUCCCCAGUCAGAGGCAGCUCAGGGACUUUGUCUCCUCCAGACCUCCUGCCUUCUCUUACUCCGUCUCCAUCUUGGAUCUGGACCCGAAGCCGUUCGACAACAUCCCUCGCCAGCUGCACCUGGACCACAAUAUCGUCUCCUGCUACCUGAGGUCGGGCUGUGCCUUGCCGAAGGGUGCUCUGCCCUCGCACUCUGGCCUCUUCAGUGCUGCAGAGAGGGAGGACUGCACGCUGCUCUUCCACCCCGUGUGAGCGCCCAGUAACAGACAGACGACCCUGAAGACUAACUGACGCUUUGCUGCCGCUUCACACGGAGAUGCCAUGAUGAUGCAGAGGUCUGGAAUCACUUUAGACCACAGCUGUUUAUCUGAAGACUGUACUGCAUCACUCUCUCUUUACUCAGCUCAUGUUAAGCAACAUCUGAAUCUCCAGGUCACCACUAACUCACCAAACAAUCUCAGCGACCUGGGAUAUUUCUGUUACUGUUUCUGGAGGUUUCUUUCUCCAGAAACCUCUGGAUCCUGUCAGGAGGGGAUUCCGAAAUGUCUCUGCCAGGAUUCAUAUUUAUUAGAAAACUUACAGGGGGCUUUGUUUUUUUUCCACUUUGGUGACAAAGGGUUCGGAUCAGCCUCCUGUCAGUUCUUCUACAGUUGUCAUGAGAACAACAUCAUAGUUUACAUUCGCCAUGGCAACGCUCUGAGAGAAAGAAGAGGAGAGUUAAAGCGAUGGAAAGAAAAUCCAGUAGUUGGCAUAGUUGCCGUACGUAUGAUGUCAUUUCCUGAAUGUAGGCGGGGCCUCUGGUAGAGGCAGAGCCAAUAUGAAUGUCCAGGUUGAGCCGACCCAGAAGUGAACAAUUGCAUAGUUCCCUCGUCAAGAAGCCAAUAGGAUGUUUCCAUUGGCCUUUAUAUUACUGCUCAAAAUAAGCCGUUUAAAAAAUGUUUAGAUCAGAUAAUCUUCACAAAUGUGCCCCAAUUUAUGAAUUGAGUAAAAUGUAAUUGGCAGAUUUUUUAACUGUACUCCGACACGGUUGCAUGACUCUCCAUGAGUCACCACUAAACGUUUAAUUUGUGAGCUGAAUUUUUAAACUCAACACUGUAAAGGUAUGUUUUGUGUGAUGAGCCUUAAACAACCGUCUUUAGUCUGAUUAAGCCACUUGUACGCAACCCCCCCCCCCCCUUUUUCUUUUUAAUAGGAUGAGUAAAAUGUAUUAACAUCUAAUGUUGAUGAGCCAAAGCUCUUCUAAACCACAGACCUUACUUUGGGCAGCAGACCCAAAAAAACCAACCUAUUCAUAAAAUCCAUGACUUUAAGAUGAGGGAACCAGCAACUCACUUCCUGGUUUUCAGACUCAUUGCUGUUGCACUAUGGUAACAGAAGCACUGGUUACCAUGGCUACAGCCACAGAGGAAGCGGCUUCAGUCCCCCUUUUUAUUAACGAGGUGAAGCAUUAAUUAGAUGUAUUGAAAGCCUUCAUGAAGCCGCUUGGACGAGACGUCGCUUCACCUCCAUGUUUGUUUUUCUUUGACUCCUUUUGUCGGUGGCUAGCUAACAUGUUCUUUAAUCACACAUUCGUGCCGCGAUGUUAUGAGAGUUGAGUGUCAUUAAAGGCUCAGAUCACCCAAAUGUAAACAAAACUCGGGUGGAAUCUAUCCGUUUCUAAAUUGGAUUUGUCCAGAUUUCCCCCUCUACUGCAAAACAAUGAAUUCUCACAUCUUUGAGAGACUUCCAUAAUCAGUGUCAUUAUAACCAUGGAUAAUCUGACGGAUGAUACUGGUCCUUACACACUAACGUGAUUAAUCCAAAGGGAAAUAGUUCGACUAAAACUAGAAUGUUUUGUGGUGAAGGCUGACAUCUGGACAAAUAAAAAAAAAACCCCAUCUGCAUGGAGAGAGACCCCCUUAUAUGGUUCACCUGUACAACAUGCAGGUGAACCAGCCCUGUGAUGAGUAUGAUUGAUAAAUUACAUUUUUACAUAAAAAUGGCCAAAAUGCAGUUUAGAGUCGCUCAAAUAUGAUGGUUUUCUGUUUUAUAUUUAAGUGAAUAUAUUUCAAAACUUUCCCUGAAAAACAUUGCAUUCAAACGUAUAACCUUCAAAUUUAAAGAAACUAGGAUAUUUUCCUCACUUUUUUAAAGACCAAAUUGGCAGGUUAAUUGUUAAAGUUAACCCUCAUUAGCUGCAGUCUUUAUUUUAAUGUGUACAUAUUGAAUUCAUUUGGGUGAACUGACUUCUGACCUCUCAGCUCUUGUAGUGUUCUUUUGGGGAAGAUGUGUGUGUCCAGCUGCCGUUUUUGUUCCGCUUUGACUUAAACCUUUGUGUUGGAGAAAAAGCGCAUUAUUAUUUUUAACUCUUUUUGUUGGAAGAAAAACAGCAAAUCAGUAAUCUGUCUAACACUCCUGUGUUUAGUUACCUGGUGAUGUGUGGCUUUGCCAUGGUUCGGUUGCAUCACAAUUUGAGCAUAAACCACAAAUGAGCUAUUUUGGUGCAGACUCACGGGUCAGAACUCACCUUGGUGACCUGUGAGUUGAUAGUGGCCAAUCAGAAACACUGAUGUAAUGUGACCGUACGCUUGUGGAGCAGAGGACGGUAAAGCUGCUGGCUAACGGAGCUUCCUUCAUGCUGCUGCUCUGCUGGUUUCUGUGCCAUAAGUGACUUGUGCGUUCGUCCAUGUGCCUAAAUGUUCUGGUAGGACUGGAGGGGGGGGUGGUGUGUGUGUGUGUGUGUGUGUGUGUGUGUGUGUGUGUGUGUGUGUGUGUGAGACUUUGUUACAGGCAGCGUCCACACAGAGCUACACAAAUCUGUGUUAGUGGUUUCAGACUGACAUCAAAUCAGUCCUGUUGUGGACGCAGCCGUGGACUCUCAGUACCUCAAACUCCUGACGACCUGAAACGAAGCUCAAAGAGGGUAGUCUGAUGUUUGCAAAAUGAUGCGUUCAGGGGCACUGGGAGGUUUCUGAGGGCGUGCUGAUCUCUUCACCACGAGAUGAGACUGAGUGCUGAUGUUUGUUUUCAGCUAUCCCGGGUCUUUUUGUCUCCUGGUGAUCUCACCGCCCUCUCCAACCAGCAGCGCUCAGGGAGGCUGUAAAAUAAACUGGUAACACUUGACUUCAGUUCCUGGUUACAGGGCCCACUCUCCAACCUCCAACACCUCCAUCAGCCAGUCACACGUCUGAAAACAAAUCACACUACAAGACUGUAACGUCAGACACUGUGACAUGACAGGAAUUCUGUUUGAUCCGGACACUAAGGGUUUAAAAGAAAUGGCGUUCAGAGUUGCCUUCAACACCUCUUAUCUGGACGCUUCGAACCAAUCCUAUUACCCCUUAUUGUUUGACACCUGAGGUGGUGAGAGGAGUUUCAGUUGGAGAGUGGACCGCAGUGAACUGAACCAACCACUGAUCGAUCCAACUGAAGACGCAACAGGCAGCAUGACGGGAACGCAGAGGCUCAUGGGAGUUUAGAGUGAGGAGGGUGGGAUGUUUCUCCAAAUGAAACUUGAUGUCAUGUUUUGAUUUGAUUCAUUUUGAAACUUCUAAGCCGUAUAAGAAAUAUACAAACUUAAUGCCAAAGCAUCUGAUCAGUGACUAUUUUUAUGAUAAGUGACUGAGGAAAAGGAGCUGCAGUUUGUGUCUCCUUACAGCCAAUGAUUGGAGAGGGCCAAGUAGAUUCCUUAUUUUAUAUCAUAUUAAACUGAUAUAUUAUGGCUUUGGCAAAACAAGACAAAUAUGUCCUUAGGUUUUCAGAAGCUGGGGCAGAAUAGUUUUUGACAUUUUAUAGACCAAACCAUCUAGAAAAUAGUUGGCAAAUAGUUGUGACUGACAGGUUGGGUAAGUCAGAAUUAUUUAGUUGGAUUUAUUGGAGCUUGGAGAUAAAACAUUUGGAAUUUGUCAACUAAUUAUAAUUUCAGUUUACGUAAAUAUGGACAUUAUUUCCAGCUAUCAUAUCUGAGUGGUUCAGAACCCUGAAUGCUUGUUAUUUUGGGUUUCUUCUGUCAGAAAGGUAAGUUACAAAACAGACACAAACUGGGGCUGGAAAGCGUAGAGCUGCUCUUUUGCCGAAUAUUUUAGAUUACGGAUCAGUUUUUGAUGCAGGUGAGCUGCCGUGUGAUUAGCCGGCUGCUUCGGCCUGCUGCCUGAGCGUCGCCUGCAGAAACAUCACAGCACUGUGAUACUUACAGACUUCUAAUAACUGCGUGUGUGUAAAUAGCUGAGAGAAGAAAAACUAUUUGAAAAUACAAAGGCACCACGGCUGUCUUGCAUUUUGUAUUUAAAUUAUUUAUUUUUGUAGAUUUUGACCAAUGAGCUUGGCUGUUACAACCGUCAGUCGAGCUCUUUCUAUUGAAUAAAGAUUUCUAAGGGACUAAAACAGUA